AUGUCGACUGCGAAGGCAGCCCCUUCAAAGAGCGCGACAGGCGCAAACCCGCCAAACCAGACCCUCUACAUAUCGAAUCUACCAGACAAGCUGCAGAAAUCAGAUCUUCGGCGGAAUUUGUACUACUUGUUCACGGCAUACGGACCCGUACUCGAUAUCAAUGCGCAGAAGACUAUGAAGAUGAGGGGCCAGGCUUUUGUGGUGUUUAGGGACACGAGCGCCGCGGUCCAAGCCUUGCGAUCGUUGCAAGGAUUCGAGUUCUUUGGCAAAGAGAUGAAAAUCCAAUAUGCAAAGAGCAAAUCGGACACAAUAGCCAAGCUUGACGGCACGUACAAGAUCCCGGCUUCUGCCCUGGCAGGAAGUGCAGCGGCAGGAGCAGCCACUGGCGAAAGGUCAGAGCUGCAACAAUCCAUUUUCUCAGCGCCGCCUGGGUCUUCUGCGGCAAAGGAACCAGAACUGCCAAAGAAAGUAGAGGAAGCUCACGCGGGGGUCAAGCGACCAAGAGAAGAAGAAGAAGACGAACCAAUGGAAGAAGACGACGAGGGGGCGGAGAUGGAGAUGGAUGAGAGCGACUAA